GGACUGCUUGUGCUCGGCGCUGCCGCUGUUCAGUGUUCAGGGUGAGGUGAGCGAGUGAACGCUGCUGUCGGAGUGGGACGGGCGCACAGCAACGGGGCUCUGGACGGUAAACUCCACAGAUGAAGAAAUUACUACAGCUCUGAGGUUUUUAACCAGGACAGCUGAUUGAUCGUCAGGUUAUCGUAUGACCAGUGUGAAGAGGACGCUGGAAAUAGUGGGUUUACGGUUCCCUCAGCUGAAGCGCAAGUUGUUGUCAGUACUGCAGGUCAGCGAGUGAGUGAGUGAGUUUGGCUUGGAGUUAGCUAGCUGAUACGCUAACCUUUUACGCUUUUAAAUUCAUCGCAGCUUGGAGAAAUGGCUUUGCGAGCGAGAGCUCUGUAUGACUUUAAUUCAGAAAACCCAGGAGAGAUAUCGGUGAAAGAGGACGAGAUUGUAACUCUGUACAGCGAGCAGGGCGUUGAGGGCUGGCUGGAGGGGGCGAACAGCAGAGGGGAGAGAGGGCUCUUGCCUGCGUCCUACGUCGAGAUUUUGAGAAAUGACACCGUCUCGUCUUUUAACCACAACUCUCGAUAUCCCACUGGUGGUUUUGACAUCAAAAAUCAGACUCAAGAGAGCUACAACACUGCACCAGCAUCCGGCUUCACAGCCUACCAUGCACUACCUCAGCAACAACAACAACAUCCAGGGACUCCAGCCAGUGAUGAUGAUUGGGAUGAUGACUGGGACGAUCACUCGUCUGUAGCUGAUGAACCAGGGGUUGUUGGUAGAGGAUAUAGGAAUUAUGAAGGAAACGGACCCUCUGGCUACAGCAUCUCCACCUCCUCCAUGCCUAGAGGUGCACAGCAAGCCAAAAGUUCAGCCACAGUGAGCAGAAAUCUGAACAGGUUCUCCACUUUUGUGAAGUCAGGAGGUGAGGCGUUCGUGCUGGGGGAAGCGUCUGGCUUUGUGAAGGAUGGGGAUAAAAUCUGCGUGGUGAUGGGUCAAUAUGGUCCGGAGUGGCAGGAGAACCCGUACCUGUUCACUUGCAAUAUUGAUGACCCCACCAAGCAGACGAAAUUCAAAGGCAUGAAAAGUUACAUUUCCUACAAGCUGACGCCGACCCACACACAGAGCCAGGUCAACAGAAGAUAUAAGCAUUUCGAUUGGCUCUACGCCAGAUUGGUGGAGAAAUUUCCUGUCAUUUCGGUGCCACACAUCCCUGAAAAACAAGCCACUGGUCGCUUCGAAGAAGACUUUAUUUCGAAAAGGAGAAGAGGGCUGAUAUGGUGGAUGAAUCAUAUGACCAGUCACCCUGUACUAGCCCGGUGUGAUGUUUUCCAGCACUUCCUCACCUGCUCCAGCAUGGAUGAAAAGUCUUGGAAGCAAGGGAAGCGGAAAGCCGAGAAGGACGAGAUGGUCGGUGCCAACUUCUUCCUCGCCAUCAGCACUCCAGCAGCCCCUCUUGACCUGCAAGACGUUGAAAGCAGGAUUGACGGAUUCAAGGCCUUCACCAAGAAAAUGGAUGACAGCGCAAUCCAAGUCAAUGCCACGCUCAGCGAGUUCGCGAGGAAGCAGAUAGCCGGGUUUAAGAAAGAGUAUCAGAAAGUGGGACAGUCUUUUAAGUAUCUAAGUCAAGCAUUCGAGAUAGACCAGCAGUCGUACUCGGUCGGUUUGAACCAAGCAAUUGCAUACACAGGGGAAGCCUACGAAGCUAUUGGAGACUACUUUGUGGAGCAGCCUAAACAAGAUGUGGACCCACUGAUGGAUUUGUUAGCCCUGUACCAAGGACACCUUACCAACUACCCUGAUAUCAUCCAUGUACAGAAAGGUGCUCUGACAAAGGUGAAGGAAAGCCAGAAGCACGUAGAGGAAGGGAAGAUGGAGAGCCAGCAGGCAGAUGGGAUCAGGGAACGCUGCAACAUCAUCUCGUUCGCCACACUGGCUGAGAUCCAGCACUUCCAUCAGACUCGAGUGCGGGACUUCAAGUCCCAGAUGCAACAUUACCUACAGCAGCAGAUCGGCUUCUUCCAGAAGGUCACAGGCAAGCUGGAGGAGGCUCUGCAGAAGUAUGACAAUGCCUAAAUGAACACUGUUCAGAUUGAACCGACAGAGCUUCAGAAUUAGCCAGCCCUUAGCAAUAUACAACAAAACCAAGAGUCAAAAAGAGUCUAAUAUUUAUGAAAUCUAUCCCCAUACAAUGAAUGUCCGUUAUAAGGAACUGAAGAUUGUUUGGGGCGAAAUGGCGAUGGUAAUAGUCUAGUUUGGACUGUUUUUCUCUGUGAAACUGAUGAUGAAGACAGAGACACGAGACCAGAAAGCAUGGAAUGUCUUCGAUCCUGCUACUAAUGUCAUAUUUUAAACGUGUUCUUCACACAGAUAAAUUAGAUAUUGUUAUAACUCGAGGAGCUCGUAUAGCUCCUCACUGCCACCUUUUAAACACUUUGAACCGUUUUAGCAGUUCUUAGAACUUUACAGACCUUACAGAGCCACUGUCGUGCCUUUCAAUCUCGUCUCGGUAUUUUUAUAAUUUCUUAAAAAGAACUAUAUAUUAUUCUUAUUCUGAGAUUUGUUUCAUAUGGUUUGAUUUUAUUAGCUUAUACAAAUGUCACUCCUGCUUAAAAUGGCGGGCGAAGGAGUAGCUGGCUCAUGUUUGGAGAUGAGCGUGGGAGUAGCUGGACAUGAUGCCCUAAUUUGGUAUCCCGUCUGAUUUAUUUCCCCUUCCCUCCCUAUGAUAUUCCGGUUCCAAUGCAAAACAGAAUGUGCAUUUUAGGGAAAACAGUAGUGUGCGUCAGAUCACCUGCCGUCAUUUGGAGACAAUUGAGCAGGAACCUGAAAAAUUUUUAAACAUGAUGUAAACAGGAAGCACAACUCUCAGGAUAACAAGAGUUCAUUUUGGACACUUCAGCCUACCAUUUUUUCAAAUAAUGACAUAUUACUCAAAACGAGAAUCCAGUUUAUUUUCUACUGCAGAUUUUUACUUCUCGUUGUGCAGGACGCACCACACCUAGAUGUCCUGAAAUGUUAAAGAUUCCAAAUAAAUUGUUUACAUAACUGCUUGUUGCAUUGAAUAUAUUUUUGUAUUGUAUGUGUUUUGAAGUAGGCAUUGCAAACACCACAUAUAUAACAGAACAGUUUUCCUAAAAGAGCACAUUUUAUUUUCAUUCUUUACCUUUGUUGUUUCUCUGGUUCUUUCGCUGGUUUAUUCAGUGUGUAUAACCAAUAUUGCCGCAGUUUCAGUGCAAACAUGAGGGUUGUGCCGAAGGAAGGAGGAAAGCUUUUAAAGGUGGGGUAAGCGAUUUCUGGUAGCCAAUGUUGACAUUUGAAAUCACCAAAACAAAC